UGAUUUUGACACAGGCCUUAUGACCGGAAGUAUGACGUUGUUGUUACAUCGGCUGAAGUGUAUUGUGUACCGACUGCCGUAAAACAACCGAAGAUAUUGCAAAUAAAGAACCAACUGUUGGUCCACAUCUUGCUCGACGACGGACAAACGCAACAAUACCUAUCUAACCAAGAAACAUCAAACAUGACAGCGGCAGUGUUUUUUGGUUGUACCUUCAUUGCGUUCGGCCCUGCCGUUUCACUGUUCCUGUUUACCAUCGCCCAGGAGCCUCUGAGGGUCAUCUUUCUCAUAGCAGGAGCGUUUUUCUGGCUUGUUUCUCUCCUGCUGUCCUCUCUGGUUUGGUUCAUCUCCGUUCAAAUAAGUAAUAAGGAGAGUGCGGUCCAGCAGAAAGGCCUCCUCAUUUUUGGGGUGGUGCUCUCCGUUCUCCUGCAGGAGACCUUCCGCUUCGCUUACUACAAGUUGCUCAAGAAAGCAAAUGAAGGGCUCCUCGCCCUCAGUCAGGAGGAAACGAUGCCCAUCUCCAUACGACAACUGGCUUAUGUGUCUGGCCUUGGUUUUGGAUUCAUGAGUGGCGCAUUUUCUGUGGUGAACAUUCUGGCUGAUUCGGUUGGCCCAGGAACUAUUGGGAUCCAUGGAGACUCGCAGCACUACUUCCUGUCUUCAGCAUUCAUGACGAUGGCCAUUAUCCUCCUCCACAUGUUCUGGGGCGUGGUCUUCUUUGAUUCCUGUGAGAAACAGCAAUGGUGGGCGGUUGCUGCUGUUGUCAUCAGCCACCUGGUCGUUUCCUGUCUGACCUUCCAGAACCCGGAGUAUGUUGCCAGCCUGAUUCCCACCUACAUUAUCUUGUUCCUAAUGGGCACGUGGGCCUUUUACUCUGCCGGCGGGUCCCUCAGGAACCUCAAACUUUGCCUGACCUGCAAAGAUAAAGAUUUCCUGCUUUCCAACCACCGGGCCAGAUAACGCACUACUCCAGGGAGCUUGCAAGAGUCUCCAUCCAAAAUCCCACACUCGCAUGCACGCUGAACACCAUAAGAGAGCAGUGGUUCUCUGUUAAUCUGAAUUUUGAAUUUGAACCUAAGGGUACUUUUUAGUUUAAAAAAGAAGCUGCGUUUACAAGGAGCCAUGCAUUUCGAUUAGAAUUCAAAUGAUCACAAAUGCUGAUCACAACCGGAAUAAAUAUAAAAAUAUUUUACAAAUGAUUCAUGAUUAGCGCUGUUAAUACUUUAUAAGGUGACAUUAUUAUAAAGUCUUACCAAAAUAAUAUUCUAAAAAAAUAUACUCUUUUACUGAAUAGAGCCCAUACUUUUAAUUUGUUGAAAUGUUACAGGAAGUCUCUGUUGAUUUUCAUGAGCUUUGCUCCAAGAUUACAAGCACGUAGUCAUAUUGUCAUGAGUUUGAACACUCAGGAAGGUUUUCGUUUUAGUAAUGGGUCAUGUUUUUCAAAGGAUUAUGAUUAAUUAAAAACAUAAUAUGUAAUCAACAUCAUUACCCUUGAGUAAAUGUUGGAGAACAUACAUAAGGCAAUGGACUUUAUGAGAUGAAUGUUGUAUAUUUUUGGGUCGUUCAAACUGUUUUGAUCUCGUGUUCAAUUGACAAGAUUUAUUCAACAGCUCGCUUCAAACACUUUGAGAUCAGUAAAAACAAAGUUUGAUGCGAAAGCUUUGUAAAUUUCUGAAUGUUGUUUCUUUGUUGCCUUUAUUAUAAGUUGCAUUUGUUGAUAAGCACUGCAUUGUCUUAUAUUUUAGUAAUUUAGGUAAUUAUGCAGGAAUCUUUUGUUUUUUUCAUUGCUAUGCAAGUUCUGCUUAAUCUUUCUGGACCAGAUCUUUAGAUAUGUGUGCCAAUCUUUGUUUUGUUAAGAAAGGAAAACAAAGCAAAAUUCACAUACAAGUCUGAAUGGUUCACAACGGUAAUUGUAUUAGAACCGGUAAGAUGCAGGAGAGAAGUGUCAUUUGUUUGCACUGGAAUUGUCUCAAAUAAAUUUGUUGUACUCCAUUUUGAAA